AUGGGCAUUUCCAUCAGGAUUCACAUUCAUCUCAUUCUUUGGACGAUUUGGUCUUCCUGGGUGGCACUGGGGGCCACUGCGAGUAAAUUUGAGUGCUUUCAAUCACGACCAGAUAUAUGUGCCCCAAUCUUAAACAUCACCCUCUACGAGCACAAUCAUGUAACCCCAGGGUAUCUCUUCAUUACUCCAUAUUAUAUGACAACGUGCAACGAUGGCCCUUACGUUUACAAUCACAUUGGAGAGCUAGUCUGGUAUGGCGCCGUCGGCAAAGAGUUUGUGCACAACCUCUACCCGUGUCACAUUGCGGGCAAGGAUAAAUUAUGCAUGUUGAAGAUGCGCCAUGGCGAAGGAAUCACAUCAUCGGGACCAGUCAUUCUCUUCGAUUUAGGUCUCUACACCCCGAAUGGAGAAAGAGACUUUACCGAAAUCAACGUCGGCCUGGAACCAGACAUGCAUGAGCUGAGGAUAGUGAACAAUGGCACAGCAAUCAUCACAACAUGGCUGGCUACCCGGCCUUGGGAUUUAACCUCCGUUGGAGGACCACCGAAUGGAUAUCUCCGGACUGCAGGCUUCCAGGAAAUCGACGUUCAGACACAGACCGUGACUUUCAUGUGGGAUCCCGUAGAUCACAUCGAAAUCGCGGCUUCGCAGAUGGAGCUUGGGCGAAAAUGGGGAGAUGGAAUUCGUCCUGAGACAGAUUGGGAUUAUUUCCAUAUCAAUUCAGUAGACAAGACCCGAAAUGGUGAUUAUUUGAUUUCUUCCCGCCACACAAGCACCAUCUACAUGAUCUCUGGGCAGAAUGGGACAGUCUUGUGGAGACUGGGAGGAUACAGAUCCGAUUUCACAUUUGAGACCGGAUUGAACUUCAGCUCUCAGCAUCAUGCUCGGGUGUGUGAAGAGAAUGAAAGCAGCGAGAGUAUGCAGAUCUCGCUAUUUGACAAUGCAUCCGAUGAGUGGCAUCGAUCAGCCUCAUCUUCUUCCGGUCUCACACUGCAUCUAGAUCUAAAAGCAAUGCAUGCUUCUCUGAUCAACCGUUACAAGACACCCCAAGAAAUUGCGACAACCAGAGAGGGAAACGUCCAGUUUUUGGAUAAUGGCAACGUGUUGGUAUAUUGGGGUGGAACUCCAUAUAUCAGCGAGCAUGAGCAUACCCCGAAUGGCCCGAGGACUGUUUUUCAAGCACAGCUGGCAGAUCCAACGGGAUAUUGGUAUCGAACUUGGAAGGCCAACUUUACCACCAACCCUGCAACAAGCCCAGAUCUCUACGCUAUGGCAGAGCACGGCUCUGGGCCGACCGUUUGGUUUGUUUCCUGGAAUGGAGCUACCGAGGUUCAAGGAUGGAGGGUCUAUGCUUCACAGAAGCAGUGGACUGGAUAUGAAUUGAUUGGAUAUUUUGAGAAGAGCGGAUUUGAGACGAGGAUCGAGCGUGAUGAGUUCUUUGAGUGGACAAUCAUUGAGGCUGUUGGUCGGAAUGGAUCUGUGAUGUCCAGUUCAUUCAUCCCAUUGCGUACUUCUGUCAAGUUCCCCCUUCAAGACACGACAGAACAAAGUGUUCUGGGUGCAUAG